GUAAAUUAUAAAUUUAGCAUCCAUGAGACAAAUUAUUAUACUAGUUAAACAAAUACAUACGAAUCUAAUAAUGGAAUUGGAAAAUCCAAUUGCAAUCUAAGUCAAAGGACACGGUUUGCUAUCUUAAAUUACAUACGCUGAAAAGAAAGAAGGAACAAAAUCAGAGGACCUCCUUAGACCUCUCGCGCAAACAGCUCAACUUGUGAGAACACCCAAAAUUAAGAUGUCAUGAGACGCAACAAAAAAAAAAAUUAGCACAUUCUCCGCUUAUUUCUGUCAUCUGUUCUGGAUCUGUUCUUACUAGCCUCUUUCUUAGCCCCUAAUAGCUCCAUCGCCAUUGGCCUUUGGCCACUAAUGAUCAGAGAUGGUGUUGUAUAAUAAUAAUAAUAAUAAUAAUAAUAAUAAUAAUAAUAAUAAUAAUAAAGAGAUCGAAGAAUGACAUAUAGUUGAAUCUUGACUUGUGGGUUUUGGCUCUUUCAUCCCGUCAUUAUCAUUGUAAUUGUCACUCAAUGGUAAUGGGCGCGCGCUCUGCUUCGCUCGAGCGCGCACCAUCAAAUAAUGUCGUCAAGUUGUGGUUCACCUUAAUAUUAAUAUCAUGUUCGUGCACAUCAGCGAUGUCUUCAGAUGCUGAGGCACUGUUGAAGUUCCGGGAUUCUUUGAGAAAUGUGAUAGCCCUUAGUAGUUGGGACCCAUCCAUAAACCGAAAGCCACCGUGCUCUGGCAACAUCCCCAACUGGGUGGGCCUGUUUUGUAUGAAUGACAAGGUUUGGGGGUUGCGGCUUGAGAACAUGGGCCUAACAGGCAACAUCGACGUAAAGUCUCUGGGUUCAAUCCCCGCUCUCCGAACGGUUAGCCUAAUGAACAAUACCUUUGUGGGUCCCUUGCCUGACGUGAAGAUGCUACCAAAUCUCAAGGCCCUCUACUUGUCCUAUAAUCAUUUCUCCGGACAGAUACCGGAUGAUGCGUUUACGGGUUUGAAUAGAUUGAGGAAACUGUAUAUGUCCAACAACGAGUUCACAGGUCAAAUUCCUUCCUCUCUUGCCACCUUGCCCAGUCUCCUCAUCCUCAGGCUCGACUCAAACAAGUUUCAAGGUCAAAUCCCCCAAUUUCAACGCAAUAAAAGUUUGAAGAUUAUCAACCUGUCUAACAAUGACUUAGAGGGGCCCAUCCCGGCCAAUCUAAGCACCUUCGACGCCUCCUCAUUUAGCGGAAACCCGGGACUAUGCGGGCCGCCCCUGACCAACGAGUACUGCCAAAGGGGAGCCCCAGAGGCGUCCAAAAUGCGCCUUCUAAAAAUUUUACUUGCUGUGAUCGCCAUAGCAUUGAUAAUAGCCAUCAUCCUGGUUGCAGUCCUAUUGGUGAUAUGUCGGUUGAGGUCACAGAAACAUCAUACGUUGCAGGGCCAAGCCUCCCAAAAUUACGCUCCUCCCAUUUAUGUCAAAACUAAAAGCCUAGCUGAUCACUAUGCUGCUAGUCCCAGGCUGGUUUCAUCAUCAGAUCGCGGUGGCCAUGGACAUUCCAGGAGGGGGGAACAAGCUGGCAAACUGACAUUCCUCAGCCAUCACCAACCCAAGUUUGAUUUGCAGGAUUUGCUAAAGGCCUCCGCCGAAAUUUUAGGAAGUGCCGGUUUUGGGUCUUCCUACAAGGCCGUUGUUUUGGACGGUCAAGCCGUGGUUGUCAAGAGGUACAAGCACAUGAACAAUGUGCCAAGAGAUGAGUUCCACGAGCACAUGAGAAGGCUGGGCAACCUCAACCAUCCCAAUCUUCUCCCUCUUCUCGCCUAUUAUUAUCGAAAAGAUGAAAAGUUUUUACUCACUUCCUUUGUUGACAACGGUUGCUUGGCCAGCCAUCUUCAUGGUAAUCGUGACUAUCAAAGGCCAGGACUUGAUUGGCCCACUCGCUUGAAAAUCGUGAAAGGUGUAGCCAGGGGUUUGGCUCACCUAUACAGUUCCCUCCCAAGCGUGAUUGUGCCUCACGGUCAUAUCAAAUCUUCCAACGUGCUUUUGGAUGAAUCCUUCGAGCCCCUACUCACUGAUUAUGCCCUCAGUCCCGUCAUCAACCUUGACCAUGCCCAACAAAUCAUCAUGCCUUACAAAUCUCCCGAGUAUGCUCAACUUGGUCGCAUUACAAAGAAGACUGAUGUGUGGAGUUUUGGAAUUCUGAUACUGGAGAUCUUGACCGGCAAAUUCCCAGAAAACUAUCUCACACUUAGGCAUAAUACUGAUUCUGACAUAGCCAGUUGGGUAAAUACCAUGAUUACUGAGAAGCGCACCACUGACGUGUUUGACGUAGAGAUGGGAGGAAUCGGAAAUAGUAAAGCUGAAUUGCUCAAACUUUUAAAGAUUGGCUUAAGCUGUUGUGAGGAGAAUGUGGAAAGAAGGCUAGAUAUCAAGGAAGCUCUUGAGCAAGUUGAAGACUUGAAAGAGACUGAAAAUGAUGCCAUUAUUGGAGAAUACUCCUCCACUCUCAUCACCACCGAAAGAAAUGCUUAUAUAGCUGUGUGAUUCUCACUAGCUUUUCUUUUCAGCUGCUUCACUCCGACUUUAUUUGGAACCUACACAUUUGUACCCGUGGAAGGUGGCUUUCCCCAUGAAGAUGAACAUAUGCCAUCAAUUAAUCUUAAAUUCCUUUAAUUAAUUAAUUAGUUUUUGUCUC